CAAGACGUCAGUCACACAAUUAUUAGACGUCAUGGCCGAGUUGAAAGUUGCUCACGUUAAACGUGUUAAAUCUUUGUACAAGCGGGCCUGUCGUCUGAUCGAAGCUUGGUACGACCGAAGGGACGUGAUCAGGUACGAGAUAACGUUGAUGCGGGACAGGUUCGACCGCAACGCCACCCUCAGCAGACGUGCCGGACAUCUAUUGUACUGCGAGGGGGAGGACGAGCUGUUCAAGAAAAGUCACUGGCAUUUGAGGAAGUUCCCCGAAUCACCCGGUGGUACCGCCUACCAGAGAAUCCCCCUGCUACCCGACUGGAUGAUUGACUAUUGGCACCCACUUGAAAAGGCCCAGUACCCCACUUAUUUCGAGACAAGAGAGAAACGCAAGCUGGAGUAUGUGAAGCUGUGGAUGCAGACCUACUACCCGGAACCGCCACCUGAAUGCCCCCCUACUGAACCCCAAGGAGGUGGCUCGGAACCGUGCUUUGAGAAAAAGGAGGAGCCAUGCCAGUUACAAGAGGAAAAGGAGGAGGAAACCUGCAAUCCAUGUCAAGAAGAAGUGAAGGAGAGCGAUGAAUGCGGAAAUGUAAAAAAGGAGGAUCUUUGUGCAGAAAAGAAUAAGAAAGAUGAUUGUUAAUUUUUGUUUAAAUGUAAUUUGACCAUUAAAGAAUACUUCUCAUCAAAUUUAUCAAAAUAGUUGUUUAUAAACACAGUUUAGAGAUUUUAGAUAUUAUUUAAAUUAUAGAUAAUUUUGUA